CUCUAUCUACUCUACUCUGUUGACCUGCCCUGUACAACGACAUCUAUUGCACGUCUGUCCGUCCUGGGAGAUGGAUCCCUCCUCUGUCGCUCUCCCUGAGAAGUGCUCCGCCAAAGGACAAAAGAACACAAUAUGCAUUGGGGAUUGUAACACUGUUACCUGCUCUGAAAGAUCCCUAUUCGAAAAAGGGCUAUGAGGAUUUCUUUGAUGCAGAUAGCAACGAGGGCUACAUUGCCUGGAAGCUUAAAAACACACAGCGAGAACUCAGCAGUGGCCGUAGCAGUGGAGUUCGGAGAAGGAGCUCUCAAACCUCAGACAGCAGCGGACCAGAGUUGGAGAGGAAAGUGACUAAAGAGCAACAGCUGGAGGGAGACCAGUGCUGCGAGGCCAUAUCUCUACUGAAACACAGCACAGAUAAAGAACAGAUCUUCAUGAAAAUGAGAGCAACCUUCCAGCACAGACAAAAGUUGAUCCAUGAUCCAGAGCGAUGCAGCACAGUGCUUACAGUUUUCCCAAGGUUCCUUGACACAAAAGGCCUUGUUCUACAAGACUUUGAGCUGUUGUUUGGAGCAGAGACUUCAUCAAAAUUCUUGGAGAAAUGGGGAACACUCCUGAAGGCGAAAGUAAUUGAACAAGCCAAAAACCUCAGCAAAACCCCACACCUUGACUAUCUCAUUCAGUCUGCAGACGAGAACCCUGAUGAGGAUGGAGAUGAGGAGGUCCCAGGUUGGGAUAGUGACAUGGCCUCAGUUCUCCUGCUUGUCUACCUCCUGCCACCAAGUGGAAAGAAGGGAGCCGUGAAGAUCAGUAUCCGGGAAGCUGUGGAUCGCGUAGUGAAGUUUCAUAAGUCGGGCCGAAGCCUACAAGAACACUCUGGUCCAGCCCAGCGGAGGCAGCCCUACAUCCUGGCAGUUGGCAUCACAAGAAAAAACAUCCAUGAUUACUACAUUGCGAUGGAUGGUGAGCUCCUUCCCUGCAAGGCCGGGUCUUCCCUUUCAGCCUUUGAUGAACUGUUCAAGACGCAUUAUGUGUUUGGGAUCUCCUAUGACCAGGCCUUAAACAGCCUGUACACAUUUGUGCAAACCACUGUCUACAAUAUCGAUGUGGGGCUUUCUCGCGAAACUCCCAGAGUCAAGGACCUCAGGGCAAAGCUCCUCAACUCAAGUUGUGAUGUAUAA